GGCUCUUCUGCGCUCUGCGCUCGUGCACGUCUCGUCGUCAGCCAUGUUGUCAUGUUGUUUGUCUGACAGCGCCGUAUAGCAACAGGUUGUCAAAGAUUCUCAAUAAAACACUGCAGAAAUUCUCUGAAGAAACCCAGAAAGCCGACUGUCAUCACGUUAAUUCAGAGGACAAUGGAAAAGGAUAUGUUUUCCUCCCUGGAGACUUCGCGCAGUCACUAAUGCUGUUGUGUAAUAUGACUGAGCUAGCCAGCUGAGACGAGGAGAUCAGGACCACUGUCCUCAUAUCCCUGCCACCUGCAGCCAUGAAUGGUGGUCGGAGUAUUUGGGCUAUAACCCCAGAGGAAAGGGACAAACAUGAUCAGAAGUUUGACAGCCUCUUGCCAGUACAGGGCUUUGUUACAGGGGAGAAAGCGCGAAACUUCUUCAUUCAGUCAGGGCUUCCCCAGUCUGUGCUAGCUGAGAUCUGGGCCCUGGCUGAUAUGAAUAAAGAUGGUAGGAUGGACCGGCUGGAGUUUUCUAUAGCCAUGAAGCUGAUCAAGAUGAAACUGCAGGGACAGAAUCUUCCUACAGCUCUGCCCAUCAUCAUGAAGCAGCCACCUGUGCCAUCUCCAACCAUGCCAGCAACACCUCUCGGAAUGGGAACUAUGCCAAAUGUACCCAUGAUGCCCAGCGUGCCCAUUCUGACCCCUAUACCAAUGACCACCAUGAGCCCCAUGCCGGGCAUGACUCCCAUGAUGGGCACAGGGCUGUCGGUGCCAGUUAUGCCCACCAUCAGCACCCCAGCCCUGCCUAAUGGACCUAUUGGCAUUCUACAACCGACCCACAUCCCUCUCACUUCCACUCUCCCGGUUUCAAGUUCCUUUUCCUCUUCUCCACUGGGCUUCUCUGCCACUCCGUCUUUGCUGGACCUGGGCUCGAGCAGCUCAAACUCCUCCCCCUCCACAUCACUGACCAGCAACUCUCCUAAGGGUGGCCCUUCUGAUUGGGCCGUCCCACAGGCAUCACGACUCAAAUACAGGCAGCAGUUUAACAGCCUGGACAAGCAAAUGAUUGGUUAUCUAACAGGUCCUCAAGUGAGAGCUGCAAUGGCUACAACAAUGCUUACUCAGACUCAGCUAGCUGCCAUCUGGAAUCUUGCUGAUGUGAAUAAGGAUGGUAAACUGCAGGCUGAUGAGUUUAUUCUUGCUAUGCAUCUGGUAGACAUGGCUAAAAUGGGACAGCCGCUGCCUAUGGCACUUCCUUCAGAGCUGGUGGCGCUAACAAUGAGGGGGAAGCCUGGUGAUUCUUUGAAUGGAACCACUCCCUCGAUCUAUGCAGGCCUGGCUGAGGACCUCUAUGAGCCUGAUCUUCCACAGAAAUCAAGGAACAAUUUGACUUUUGAGGAUAAGUUCAAGAAAAAUAUGGAGAUGGGAAAUGCUGAACUGGAGAAGCGGCGACAGGCCCUGCUUGAGCAGCAGCGCAGGGAAGAGGAAAGGAGGGCACAGAAGGCCAGAGAAGAGCAGGAGAGAAGAGAGAGGGAGGCACGAGAGCUGGAGCUGAAGAGGAAGAGGGAAGAAGAGCUCAGACUGGAGCGACAGAGGGAGCUGGAGAGACAAAGAGAGGAGGAGAGACUCCGAGAGCUGGAGAGGAAGGAGGCAGCCAAGAAGGAGCUGGAGCGCCAGCGGCAGCUUGAGUGGGAGAGGAGGAGAAAGCAGGAGCUCCUAAACCAGAAGAGUGAGGAGCAGGAGGAGAUCAUCAAGCUCCGAGCCAAGAAGAGGAAUCUGGAGAUGGAGCUGGAGGCUGUGGGCAACAGGCAGAAACAAAUCUCUGACAAGCUUCGAGAUGCUGAAGGCAAAAAGAGAAUUCAUAAAAAUGAGCUUGAGAUGAUCAACCAGAAAAGAGACUCCUGCAUCACAGAAAUCAGCUCUCUGCAGAAACAGUUAGAGGAAUUUAAAAGGAAGUUGGGACAGUCGACCAUAGAACAGCAAAAACUCAAUGACAGACUCCGCAGCCUGAGUCUGAACAACCUUCCUACUGUGACAGUGAAAACUUUACAGAGGAAUGUAGAAGACAAGGAUCUUACCUGUCGAAAGCUUAAAGAACAGCUUAAUGCUUUGGAGAAGGAAACUGCAGUUAAAUUAGCAGAUAUGGAUCAGUAUAAGAAAGAAAUCCAGUUUGAGGAAAUGGAUGACUGCAUGCUUAAAGGCCUGCUCUCUUUACUGAGUUGCCUCAGCAAUCUCUUCUUCCUUUUGAAGGAUCUCCGAGAGAGCCAGAAGACGCAACAGUCUGCUUUGGAAAAACUACGCGCCAUUAAGGAAGAAAAAAUCAGAGAGCUAAAGAAACGCAAGCAGGAGGAACUGGAAAAGAAGAGGAGAGAAGAGGAAGAGCAGAAACGCAUCAAACUGGAGAAGGAGCGGCAGUGGCAGGAGAAACUGAGGCGUGAAGAGGAGGAGAAACAGAGGAAAAUUCAGGAGGAAAGAGAAGCCAAACUUCGUGAGGAGGAGGAGAGGGAGAGACAAGCUCGUUUACAGGCUGCUAGAGAACAAGCGGAACGAGAGCGCAAGGCCCGCGAGGAGGAGGAGAGGAGGCGCAGGGAGGAAGAGGAACAAGAGAGACGCAGACUUGAGGAGAAACGGAGGCAGGAGGAGGAGGAGGACCGCAGGCGGCGAGAUGAAGAGAGGAGGAAACUGGAGGAGGAGAGGAGAAAACUGGAGGAAGAAAGGAGAAAACUGGAGGAGGAGCGAAAGAGGCAGGAGGAAUUAAGAUUGGAGGAGGAGAGGAAGCGCGAGGAGCGGAGAAGAAAAGAGGAGGAGAGACGAGAAGAGGAGAGAAGGAGGGAGCGUGAGGAGGAGGAGAGGAGGCGACUUCGUGCACAGGAGGCUGCCAUGAGAGAUGCGGAGGAGAGGAAGAGACUAGAAGAGGAGAGAAAAAGAAAAGAGGAGGACCGGAAAAAACAGGAAGAGGAGGACAGGCGGCGUCGGGAGGAGGAGCAAAGGAAACAGGAUGAGGAGAGGAAGAAGAAACAGCAGGAGGAAGAGGCUGCAGCCGUAAGACUGAGAGACGAUGAACAGAACAAGAAGAACACUGUUAAAUCAGACAUCGUUGCUGCUCUUCUGCGCGGCCUGGAGGAGAGGAAAGGCAGCAGACAUCCUCGUGGCACGCAGCACAGGAGAUCAGCGGCACUGACAACGUUUAAAGCCCUCUACCCCUUCACUGCCAGAAACGAUGAUGAGCUCUCCUUCGAAAGCGAUGACCUGAUUGAGGUGGAUGAGAGCAUAGAGCGAGAGCAGGGUUGGCUGUACGGCAGUCGGCAGGGGAAGAUGGGCUGGUUCCCUGAGAGCUAUGUGGAGAAGCAGGCCAAAUCAGAGGCUCCGCUCGUGGCCAAACAAGCCCUAAAGCCACAGGUCUCCAUCUCUGUCAGCAAACUGAACGAAGGACCGAGUGGAUCACGGUUGAACUCCGCUUUCACCCCCACCCAUGCCACAGGCUCCGCCUCCUCCAACCAUGGUCAGGUGGUGGGGAAUGUGCAAGCUCAAGCUCUGUGCUCAUGGACUGCAAAGACGGACAACCAUCUCAACUUCUCCAAAGAUGAUGUGAUCACAGUUCUGGAGCAGCAGGAGAACUGGUGGCUUGGAGAGCUUAAUGGGGUUCAGGGGUGGUUCCCCAAAAGCUAUGUUUCAGUGCUGAGCGCCAGUGAUGCACAAACAGAUUCCACUGAUGGAUCUGAUACAGCAGAUGGAUCCAGCUAUGAAGAAUAUGUGGCUCUGUACACUUAUGAGAGCCCUGAGCCUGGAGACCUGACCUUCACCGAGGGAGACACCAUCCUGGUAUCAGAGAGGGAAGGGGAGUGGUGGAGAGGCAGCAUCGGAGACAGAUCAGGAGUCUUCCCCUCCAAUUACGUCAAGCCAAAGGAGGCUGAUGCAUCAAGUGUCUCUGGUAAACUUGGAACACCUGCAAAGAAACCAGAAGUGGCCCAGGUGACCACUGCGCACACAGCUGCAGGUGCAGAGCAGCUGAAUCUAGCCCCAGGACAGCUCAUCCUCAUCCUCACCAAGAACCCAUCUGGCUGGUGGCUUGGGGAACUGCAGGCCAGGGGGAAGAAGCGUCAGAAGGGCUGGUUCCCUGCUUCACACGUCAAGCUUCUGGGCUCAAACAGCGGCAAAUCUACACCUGCAUCUGCAGCUGUCGGCCAAGUCAUCGCCAUAUACGACUACACCGCAGUGAAUGAGGACGAGCUGAGCUUCUCGAAGAGUCAAGUUAUCAACGUGCUAGACAAAAGCGAUCCUGACUGGUGGAAAGGAGAGCUCAAUGGGGUCACGGGCUUGAUUCCUACCAACUAUGUGAAAAUGACCACCUCGGAUUCUGACCCCAGUCAGCAAUGGUGUGCUGACCAGAGCACUCUGGAUUCAAUGAGCCCGCAGGAGAAGAAACGGCAAGGAUACAUCCACGAGCUCAUUGAGACAGAGGAGAAAUACAAUGAAGACCUACAACUAGUCCUUGAGGUACACCUCUUCCACAAGCCCAUGUCUGAAUCAGGUCGUCUUACUGAGGCUGAAAUGAGCAUGAUAUUUGUCAACUGGAGGGAGCUUAUCCAGUGCAACUCCAAGAUGCUCAAGGCACUGAAAGCAAGGAAGAAGACCGGGGGAGAGAACAUGCCGGUUCACAUGAUCGGAGACAUCCUGGCCUCUGAGCUGUCACACAUGCAGGCCUACAUCCGCUUCUGCAGCUGCCAGCUGGACGGUGCCACGCUGCUGCAACAGAGAACCGAUCAGGAGCCAGACUUCAAAACGUUCCUCAAGAGAAUUGUUGCUGAAUACUGUUGUUGUGGAGGAAUGCCUUUGUCCAGCUUUUUACUCAAACCUAUGCAACGGCUGACUCGCUAUCCUCUCCAUAUUAAAAAUAUCCUGGAAAGUACUCCAGAGAGUCACAUGGACUAUAAUCAGCUGCGAGAGGCUUUGGAGAAGGCAGAGCUGCUGUGCUCUCAGGUGAACGAAGGUGUCAGGGACAAGGAGAACUCUGAGAGGCUGGAGUGGAUCCAGUCCCAUGUGCAGUGUGAAGGCAUCACCGAGAAUCUGACCUUCAGCUCUCUGACCAACUGCAUGGGUCCUCGGAAAUUGCUGCACAGCGGGAAGGUGUUUAAGACCAAGAGCAAUAAGGAGUUAUACAUCUUUCUGUUCAACGACUUUAUGCUGUUCACUCAAGCUGUCAAGCAAUUCACUUUCUCAGGAACGGACAAGCUCUUUAGCCCCAAGUCCAACACCCAGUACAAGAUGUACAAGACGCCUGUGUUCCUCAAUGAAGUUCUGGUGAAGCUUCCGUCAGAUCCGUCCAGCGAUGAGCCCGUCUUCCACAUUUCCCACAUAGAUCGUGUGUACACACUGAAGACCGAGAACAUUAACGAGAGGACUGCAUGGGUUCAGAAGAUCAAAGCGGCAUCAGAAGCAUUCAUUGAGACCGAGAAGAAGAAACAGGAGAAGGCUUAUCAAUCUCGAUCAAUGAAGGCAAGUGGAAUUGGUCGCCUGCUUGUCACCAUCUUGGAGGCAACAGAGCUAAAAUCCUCCAAACCAAACGGAAAGAUUAAUCCAUACUGUGAAGUGACCAUGGGCUCUCAGUGUUACUCUUCCCGAACCAUCAAUGACACCGUCAACCCCAAGUGGAAUUUCAAUUGUCAGUUUCACAUUAAAGACCUGUAUCAAGAUGUCCUCUGUAUUACGAUUUUUGAGCGGGAUCAAUUUUCACCAGAUGAGUUCUUAGGUCGCACUGAGGUUCCUUUAGCCACUAUUAAGAAAGAGCUUGAGAAUAAAGGUCCAUCCACUAGGAGGCUGCUGCUUCAUGAGGUUCCCACUGGAGAGGUUUGGGUUCAGCUUGACCUGCAGCUGUUUGACCACAAAGCCCCCAAAUGAUGAGGAGAGAGGAUGUCCCUUCAAGACUGCACUUCAAGCACAGCUUCUCAAGAGUGCCUUUAAAUGUUCUCAACUACUAUGAAACGUACUAAUGAAUGUGUGACCAUAAGGAAGAUGAGUUAACGUUCACGACUUUGCCAAGUUUUGAUUUUUGACCAAGUGACGUGGGAAUAAAAAGGGAGAAUUUUUUUUGUUAGUUUUAUUGCCUAAAAAAUUAACCACUGGAUGUAGAGAUAUCUCAGGACCUAUAUUUUGCUUCAAAUAUACUGUCUUUAUUGCUGUACAGAAAGCUAUAUUUGUUAUAAUCGUAAUUUGCCUAGAUCUGAAGUUGAUGAGAACUUGAAUAUUCUCAUCAGCAACGCUAAACCAGGUGGUGUUGUUUUGAAUUCAUUAUCCGUCUGCCUUUCCUGCCAGUUCUUCCAUUUAACUUCACCAUUAUAGAAUUAAUUUGCACCAGCCAUUUGCAUGAUCCUCUAUAAAAUCUUAAAACAGCUCAUUAGCCUGUGUAACAUGGAAGGAACUCUUUUUGCAGAGCUUACUAGUUUUUAUGUAGGAAGGUACAAAUGAGGUGAUUAACCAGAGAUGAUUAGUAAAGGUCUAAUCACUGUUGAUUUUGUGUGCUUGACAGAGGUUUAUUUAUGUUAAUUUAUGCAUAUUGGACUAUCUGCACAUUUUACGCUGCCCACUAUAUCUGGAUUGCUGUAAAGCAUUCAGAAAAGGUCUUAUUGUAUAUUUUUGCGAGUAGUAUGAACGUUUACUCAGUCACUGAGUUUUUCUCUUAGGUUUUAUUUGUUUUAGUUUUAAAUAUAAAUGUAAUAAAGUUGGUUGAAUAUUCUGAAA